AUGUCAAAAUACGGGUUUGUCAAGAUUGAAAGAGAUUUCAUUCAAUCCAUUCCAGAUGCCAAUGAACCGAUAGUUCAUCAUGAUACUUCAUUGCCUCAAACUGAAUUAGCUCGGAAAGUGUUGCAAUUCGCUAAAUCACAAUUAUCAACUCCAACAUUGAAUCAUUCAUUAAGAGUUUACUUGUAUUCGAAAGCGAUCAUCAAAGACCAAUUCCCUGAUUGGGACCUUGAUGAAGAAGUUAUAUUCGUUACAGCACUAUUACAUGAUCUAGGCACUACAGAUGAAAAUCUGAAAGCCACCAAGAUGUCAUUUGAAUAUUUUGGAGCAAUUAAAGCUAGAGAAUUGGUUUUAAAAGAGACAAAUGGGGAUCAAGAUUAUGCAGAUGCGGUUUGUGAAGCUAUUAUAAGACAUCAAGAUUUGAAUGAUAAAGGUUACAUAACACAAUUGGGUUUGAUUAUUCAAAUUUCUACUGUUUUGGACAAUGCAGGUUUUGAUUCGGUAUCUAGUUUGAUCCAUAGUGAUACAUUAAAAGUUGUUAAUCAACGGUAUAAUAGAGACAAUUGGCUCAAUUGCUUUGCUGGAGUUGUGCAGAAGGAGAAUGUCUUGAAGCCAUGGGGCCAUACUUCCUCAUUGGGAGUGGAAGAGUUCCCAGCCAAUGUGUUGAAGAAUCCAUUGCACUAUACGUAA